AUGAAGAUUCCUUAUAACAAGGUCCAUGUUCGAGGGCAAAUCCUCUUUGCCGCUCGUGGAGGCGCAAUUCAUACCUUCAAUCUCACAGACGGCACCCACAUCUCAUCAUGGAAACACCCUGACGUCGAUAAGGUUGCCGACUCAAUAAAGGCCAUCAACGAGGCCAAGGCUGAAGCUGCCCUAGAAGCAGAGGCAAACACCCCGGCAACUGAAAGUGACGGUCCGCCAGCCAAACGACAGAAGCUGGGUGGUGAGAAUGAGACCGCCGCAGUGACAGCUGAGGCUGAGGCAUCUACACCCACAGCAGCCCAAGACGAUAAGCCACGAUCCGGCCAUUUCGAUGGCAGAGGGAAGAAGGGCAAAGGCAAGGCUGGGAAGGACAUUGACAAUGGCAAAACCCGUUUCGCUCGUGUACCUGACCGGCCCGUGAUCACGCAUCUGACGACUUCACCUGAUGGAAGCCACCUGCUGGCCGUAAGUGGACAUGACAAGGUCGUUUGGGUCUUUACACAUGAUGGAAAUGGUCAAAUCGAGGAACUCAGUCAGAGAACUAUGCCUAAACGACCAAGUGCAGUCGCCAUUGGACCUGAUUCACAAAUCAUCUGCGCAGACAAGUUUGGCGAUGUCUACGCCUUGCCUUUAGUCAUCCCAGCUGAUGGAUCAAAAACCUCCGCGUCACUAUCAGCCCUACCGAUGCCAACCAAAAAGGCAUUCAAGCCCACUGCAAACCCGCUCACGGUUCACUCCAAGGGCAAUCGAAUCGCCCUUCUCAACCAGAUUAAGCAAGCUGAACUUCUCAACGAAUCCAAAGACGCUGCCGCUGCCGAUGGACCGGGCUUCGAACUCAAUCUGCUACUCGGACACGUCUCUAUGCUAACGGCCCUGGUUCUCGGAGAGAAGGAAGGACGCAAGUAUAUCCUCACUGCUGAUAGAGAUGAGCACAUCAGAGUGUCUCGCUACAUCCCCCACGCACAUAUUAUCGAAAAUUUCUGUUUCGGGCACAAGGAGUUCAUCAGUGACAUGGUCAUUCCCCCCAGCAACAAAGACAUCCUUGUCUCUGGCGGCGGUGACGAAUACAUCUUUGUUUGGGACUGGCUCGCCGGAAAGCAGCUCUUUAAGACAAGCGUCUUAUCCCUCGCCCAAGAAAUCGCCCCUGAGACUACAGCUGUUGCCGUCUCAAGCAUCUAUACUCUGACUUACCCCUCUGAAGAUGGGCCGCUCACAUAUAUACUAGCCAUUUGCGAAGACAUCAAAGCCAUCUUCUCAUGGAAGCUGCUCGAAAACAACGAGCUCCACUGCCCCGGCAUCAUCCAACUCCCCGGCAAGCCCCUCUCCCUCGCCAUCUCUCCAAGCAACGAUGACGCCGCCCCCACAAUCAUUGCCGCAAUCGACCCCGACGCGGAGACCAAGGCGCAGAGCCUCCAUGCAUUCCGCCUAACCAUCAACCAUGGCAGACUGGCCGUGGACGUUGAGACCUCUUUCAAGGACAAGGCGGUAGAGGCAAACGAAUCCGACAUAAGCGAAGAGGAGGUUCGAAGUCUGCUGUAUACCGUUGAGAGCUUACGAAAGGUGGUCACAAAUGCGGAGUUUGAAGAAGCUGGCUCAGAAGUGCCACAGGCAAACACUGAUAGCGAUAUGGCGGCAGAUACUGGUGAUACCGAAGAGUGA